CAAGAAUGCUGGUUACACGAUGUAUUGUAGUGAUACUUCUCCUCACCACUGUAUGCUCCGUUCAUGGCCGACGCUCAAGCAAAACUCGAGACAGCCGUGAGAGACCUGAGCAAAGUCGUCUGUCAACUGACCAAAGUCGUCUGUCAACUGACCAAAGUCGUCUGUCAACUGACCAAAGUCGUCUGUCAACUGACCAAAGUCGUCUGUCAACUGACCAAAGUCGUCUGUCAACUGACCAAAGUCGUCGGUCAACUGAAGAAAAGGAACCCGUGUAUUACGAAGAACACGAACCUCAGUAUGUAGAAACAGAAAACGAUUACCCAGAAAUUGAAAAAGAUUACCAAGAAGUUGAAUUACCUAAUUGUAAAGGAAGACACAACGCCAACCCAACACCAUCACCAAAACCAGCUACUACCACAACAACCACAAAACCAAAACCUACAACCACUAUAACACCACCAAAACCUAAAACCACUACAACACCACCAAAACCUACAACCACUACAACACGACCGAAACCUACAACCACUACAACCACAACAAACCCUAUAACCACUACAACAACACCAAAACCUACAACCACUACAACGACACAAAAACCUACAACCACCACAACAACACCAAAACCUACAACCACUACAACAACACCAAAACCUACAACCACUACAACAACACCAAAACCUACAACCACUACAACAGCACCUCGAACAACAACCACUACAACUCCGCCAACAACAACCACCACUACCACUACAACACCAAAACCAACGACCACCACCACUACCACUACAACACCAAAACCAACGACCACCACCACUACCACAACAACACCAAAACCAACGACCACCACCACUACCACUACAACACCAAAACCAACGACCACCACCACUACCACAACACCAAAACCAACGACCACCACCACUACACUAGCCCCACCCCCUCCCAGCGUAGAGCCAUGUCGCAAGCGAACAAAGGCCGACAUAAUCUUUUUGCUGGACGCUUCGUCUUCGAUUGGACCAUCGAACUGGAAGAGACAGGUCAAGUUCGCCUCUGACGUCACGGAAGGGUUCAACGUUGGACAGGAUGACGUCAAAUUUGGGACAGUUAUAUUCAACAGCGACCCCAAGAAAAUAUUUGAUCUGAAUGUCUAUUUCAAUCACACAAGCUUGUCUAAGGCUCUGCUGGACAUCCAGUAUCCUUAUCUCUCCGGCACCAACACGCACUUAGGUCUACAGUUUAUCGCAGACGACAAAAUGUUCAGCUCUAUUUCAGGCGGGAGACCAGACGCCAAUGAUAUCGUCAUAGUUAUGACAGAUGGAAGGUCUGGUAACACCACGAUAACUCUAGAGACAGCUAAAAAUCUGAAAAGUCAAGGCAUUACAAUGAUAUCUGUGGGUAUUGGAGACGCUCCAAGUAGAGAAGAACUGAUUGGGAUAGCCAGUUCUCCUAGCUAUGUCUUUGAGGCUAUCGACUUUUCUUUGCUGGAUUACAUCAAACGUGACCUGGUCAAGCUGACCUGUGAUAGUAUUUGAAGUCUCAAGCACCGAAAGCCAGCCUGUAACCUAUCUGUCAAGACGCCGCUCAUAGCAGAAUCGAUGUUUAGAGAGCGAUCUAUUAAAAUAUUU